AUGUCCUACGACAGAAAAAGGCCUAUAAGCCCUCAUACCGUAGAAAAAGAGAAUGAAGGUGGAUUUGGAAUAUCUAAAUUAUUUAAUUUUUUAAAACCUAGAUCAUCACAACAAUACAAGCAACAAAAGCAAAGACAGAAUCAAAUUCCAUCAAGAAAUGAACAAGAAGUAUCACGUAUAGAACCAGAUCCAUUGGUUAAUAAUUUUUCAUCCAGUAGAAAGAGAACAUUAUCGAUUCAAUCACUCCAUAAUAAUGGUGUUGUUCCACGCUCAUCUACUUUGAAUACGAAUUAUGGUUCAUAUACGAACUGUUAUGAUAGUUUAAAGAACGAGAAUGAAGUAUUAGAUAAUGACCUAGAAAGGAGAUUGAGCACAGAAUAUGGGGAUGAUUUGGUUAAGGAAAGCAUGUUCCCAUUAAGCAAGUCAGAAUUUCAAGAAAGAGAUGAAUCGCCAAUGUCAGAUUUAAUGAAGCCUAGACCAUCAAUAUUAUCCGAAAUUAAUAAGAAAGAAAACCAAGACAAUAUGCCUAUUAUAAUAGAACAUGAAUUUGCGCCGCUCUACAAAGAUAGCGAUGGAAAUCUUGUUAGACCACCGUUUAUUAAUUUAGACCCAAGGGAAAGAUAUCAUGUUUUACAGUUGAAAAAGUCUAUCCAAGCUUCAGAGUCUUUACAAAACAGAAUAAAGUAUAUGGUUAAUCCUAAUGAAACUCAAUCUAAACCACUUCAGGAGAAGAAUAAAGUUGAGACUUCAACACAAACCCAUGACUCCAAUUAUUUAGAAAAUUCGCUUAAUUUUUCUAGCUUGAAAAGAAGAUUACUGGCAAAGAAAGAUCGCUCGAAGAGCAAGAGAGCAAAAAAUAUUAAAGGUUAUUUCAGUGGAGAGUUUUUAUAUGAUUCCAUUGACGGUAAUGAAAAGUCUAAGGAUGAAUUACAUGGAUAUCUUGGGGAUGUGGCUAAGCCUAAGUUUAAAAAUAAUACUAGCAUAAAUAAGAAUGACAAAUCUACAAGUGUACAACCUCGGAAAGAUGAGAGCCAGAUAUUCAAUCGGUUUAGUAAUCAGAAUAUUAAAUCUACUGAUAAUAGAAUUGGACUUGAUAAAUCUUUGUUGAGCAAUGAAAAAGUAAAUGUCUCAUUGGAUUCUGACUAUGUUGCUAAAUCAGAAAAGGUGUCUAAUAUAAUUAAACUAAAGGCCGAUAGCUCAAAUAAACCAAAGGAAAAGGAAUCGGUUCAACCAAGUUCAGGAUUUAAAUUUUCGAUUAACUCGAAUGAUAUCAAUUCAAUUAUCAAUAAGAAGCAAGAAGAUGACGAAUUAGUCAACAAAUCUAAUGGGGCAUUAAGUAAGGACGAAGAUAAUACAAAGCCCUCUUUUUCUUUUGGUACUUCUACGGACAAGAAGGAAACAGGCAAACCAUUAUUCUCUUUUGAUUCGUCUGAAUCGAAGAAUGGUUCUGCAAAUAAACCGGCAUUUUCGUUUGGUACCAGCAAUGUAUCCAAUGGAACUACUGAACCCACAUUGAAACGUGGUAGAGUUUCAGAAGAAGAAGAGCCUUCUGAAAAGAAAGAUAAUUCGACUAAUCAGAGCUUCUCCUUCGGUGCAUCCUCUGAUAAAAAGGAGGUAAGCAAGCCAAAGUUUACGUUCGGUGCCUCAUCGGAAAAGACUGAUAAUGACAAGCCAACUGUUUCUUUCGGAAGUAAUGAAACGAAGAAUGCUUCAAAUAGUACAAAACCAUCAUUUUCCUUCGGAGUGACGCCUGAAAAGAAGGAAGAUGAAGUGAAGCCAUCUUUUUCGUUUGGAACCGCAGCAAAUAAUAAAGAUGAAAUGCCCAAGCAGACAUUUGCUUUUGGAAAGCCCUCCGAUAACAAGGAUAAAAACAAUUCUGAUGGCCUUCCAGCUGAAAACAAGGGUACAUCUAAGCCAGCAUUUACUUUUGGAGCCUCAACUGAGAAGAAAGAGGAAACGGCGAAGCCAGAACUUACGUUUGGAACAUCCACAGAAAAGAAGGAAGAUACUACCAAGCCUUCAUUUACAUUUGGGGCUUCAACCGAUAAAAAAGAAGAUAGUGCAAAGCCAGCAUUUACAUUUGGAGCACCUACAGAAAAGAAAGACGAUUCUUCUAAACCGACAUUCACAUUUGGAGUCGGUACGGAAAAGAAAGAAGAAGCACCUAAACCAACCUUUACAUUUGGAGCUGGUGCAGAAAAGAAGGAAGAAACAUCUAAACCGGCAUUCACAUUUGGAGCUGGUGCAGAAAAGAAGGAAGAAACACCUAAGCCGGCUUUCACUUUUGGAGCGGGUACAGAGAAAAAGGAAGAAGCACCUAAGCCGGCAUUCACUUUUGGAGCAGGUACAGAGAAAAAGGACGACACAGUCAAACCAGCAUUCAAUUUUGGAGCACCUAAAGAGACUCCAAAGCAAGCAUUGGCCUUUGGUGCCAACGAAAAGAAAGAAACAACUCCAUCUUUUUCGUUCGGCGAGAAGCCAGCUGGCACCAUUGGUGUCCCUGCCUUUGGUGCGGCCAGAGACUCUACUCCCAAACCAUUUGAGAAGCCUACAGCUGCGUUCGGAAGCGGCAGUACAACCCCAAACUUCAGUUUUGGAAGUAAAGAAACUACCCCCAAACCAAACUUUUCAUUUGCAAGCGGUACUGGUGCUAAUGCAAUGCCCUCGAAUGCUCCACAAUCUAACAAUCUAUUUAAUUUUACGGGUACUGUGAACAAGGAGGGAACACCUGAUCCUGCGUCUAUAUUUGGAAGUGCUACUAAUGUCAUGAAUGCAAAUAAUAUACAGAAUGGCAUGAACGGUUUGAACAAGUCAGCUGAAUCUUCUCCAUUUGGGUUUAAUGCUCACCAAGGCAAGCCAGAUUUUAAAUUUGCAAAUGGUAUUCAACAACCCCAAUUUAAUUCUGGACUUCCUUCUGACAUGAAUAAUCAGAGCUUCAACUCAACAUCCGUGAUGACCCCUCCUACAUUAUCGACAACCCCUCCUAUUAUUAAGAGCAAUCGGAAAAUUGCCCAAAUGAGACUGAGAAGAAGAUGA